GUUUUUCACCGGAGAGAAUUCCUUAAGCCAUCGCCUUGAACUGGCUCGAAAAUUUUGGCUACCACAUUUUUGCCCCCCUUCCUCCUCCUCCUCUCCUUCAGCUACCAUUGCACAGAGUGAACGUUGAUAUGCUACAUCAGUGAUGGAGCCCAUGACGGUUACUACAUCUGUGUCAGGACCAGAUGACUUUGAUCGCAAUGCCCCGCGAAUCUGUGGGGUUUGUGGUGACAAGGCCACUGGCUUCCACUUCAAUGCUAUGACUUGUGAGGGUUGCAAGGGGUUUUUCAGGCGCAGUAUGAAGCGUAAAGCCGCCUUCACCUGCCCGUUCAAUGGAAGCUGCACCAUCACCAAAGACAACCGACGUCACUGCCAAGCCUGUCGUCUCAAGCGCUGCAUUGACAUUGGCAUGAUGAAAGAGUUCAUCCUCACAGAUGAAGAGGUGCAGAGGAAGAAGGAAAUGAUAAUGAAAAGGAAGGAGGAGGAGGCGGCCAAAGAGGCAUCGAGACCUCGACUCAACGACGAGCAGGCCCAGAUCAUCUCUUCCUUGGUGGAGGCUCACCACAAGACUUAUGAUGCAUCCUAUUCAGACUUUUCCCGUUUUAGGCCUCCAGUGCGUGAAGGUCCAGUAACACGCAGCGCCAGCAGAGCCGCCUCCCUUCACUCUCUGUCUGAUGCUUCCUCUGACUCUUUCAAUCACUCACCUGCAGAGUCUCUAGACACCAAGAUGAACUUGAACAACCUGUUGAUGAUGUACCAGGACGGCGCAAGCAGUCCAGACUCUAGCGAGGAGGACACCAAGCUGUCCAUGCUGCCCCAUCUGGCCGACCUAGUCUCCUACAGCAUCCAGAAGGUCAUAGGGUUUGCCAAGAUGAUCCCAGGAUUCAGAGAACUGACUGCAGAAGACCAGAUUGCCCUGCUGAAGUCGAGCGCCAUUGAGAUUAUUAUGCUGCGCUCCAAUCAGUCAUUCAGCCUGGAGGACAUGUCCUGGAGCUGUGGAGGACCUGACUUCAAAUACUGCAUCAAUGAUGUCACAAAGGCGGGUCACACUCUGGAGUUAUUGGAGCCGCUGGUCAAGUUCCAGGUUGGCCUGAAGAAGCUCAACCUGCAUGAGGAGGAGCAUGUCCUGCUCAUGGCCAUCUGCCUGCUCUCCCCAGAUCGUCCCGGUGUGCAGGACCACGGCCGCAUCGAGCAGCUGCAGGACCACAUGUCGGAGACACUUCAGGCCUACAUCCGAGUCAACCACCCGGGUGGACGCCUUCUCUACGCCAAGAUGAUCCAGAAGCUGGCCGACCUGCGCAGCCUGAACGAGGAGCACUCCAAGCAGUACCGCUCUCUCUCUUUCCAGCCCGAACACAGCAUGCAGCUCACCCCGCUGGUGCUGGAGGUUUUUGGCAGUGAGGUUUCAUAGUAGACACACAAAUUCACAGGUAUCGCCUUUAUUCCCUUAACCCCCAUCACCACCACUGCUGGAAAACCGCUGCCUUUGAAGGCCGAUAACAUGAGUAAAUUCAUCCUCAUGCAUCACACUCCUUCCUCAUCAUCUAGACACCUGCUGGCAAGACUCCUGGAUGUAUGAAACUCAUAAUUCAAGGAUGCUGUGGAUACCUGCACCAUUUGAAUAAUCACAUUAUUACAGUUUGACAUCUUCUGAACACCCCCAAAUGCUAGUCUCCCAAAUUGUCUGUCAACUAUAUGCGCUGGAUAGAGGGAUUCAACUACCAACCCUUAUCUCCGUCAUCCUCAUCACGGUACGCCUUGUACACCUGCCCAAUUGCAGAGGAAUACAAAGUUUUGCAUCCGUCUAUCCACCCACGAGCACGAGCCAAGACAUCCGAACAACGGCAAUGUUAGAGGAAUACUUGCUGGUUACAAAAGAGCUCUGUGUAUUUGUGCUCGGGUGAAGAAGGAAAAAGCCUGUCAGGACCUAGACCGAGAGAGACCCACUCAGUUGGAAUUCCUUGCUGUCCAGUCAAAAGGGAAUUUUGCCAGAAUGUAUGUAUGAUGCUACAGUAAUGAAAUGUAUAAGCUGAACUAGAUUGCUACAGUAUCUGCAAAUAUAUAUACAGUAUUUAAGACAGUUGGGUGCUUCAGAGGAAGCACAUUGCUAAUGUGUAAUAUAUAGCAGUGUUUCCAAAACUUUCUAAACUUAACACUGACAUCAGCUGUACAUAAACUAAUGCUAUAGAUCUCAGAAAGACGCAUUUAUAACAAAAUUCAAGAGUGUUUGCCUAUUUGACGAUCAUUAACAAACAGUUCUACUCAGACAAUCGGUGACCCUCAGUUUGGGAAAGCCUGCUGUAUAAGAUUUGAAGGCCCCCCUCUCACUGUGUGUGUGUGUGUGUGUGUGUGUGUGUGUGUGUGUGUGUGUGUGUGUGUGUGUGUGUUCUGAGUCCUUGUUGACCAGAUGAAUGCACUGUGAGAGGAGUCCUAUGUUGUGUAUGCAGUAUAACAAAAUAUUGGUGGACCACAGGGGGUUUGAGUUCAGACCUUGGCUGAGGCCCCGGAAUCUCCCAUUGUUUUUUUUAGUUUGUUUUUUGGACCUGUGAAGUUGACUGACAAAGAUGACGUUGUGUUGUGGUGGAUAGCAGCUAUCCACCGUAUUUUAGUUGGGCUGCUAAGACAGCAGCAGAUAGUUGCUCGCUGUUACCUCAGGGAAAAGUUCUGUCUGAUAGUGUGUACGUGGUGUUGAUGAUAUGUGUCAGGCGUAAGCUUACAAUCAGAAGAUAACCUUUUCAAAGCUCUCUGCAUCACUGUGAUUUCUAAUUGUAUUCGAUAAUAGUUCAUGUAAGCUGCAAAUAAUAAUUCUAACCACAUAGCCCCAUUCCUAGUUAAUUGUAUCAAUGAAACAGGUCAACGCUAAAGUACAUUUCCAGCCUUCCAUUGGAGGGUGGAGACUUUGGACCCACAGCUAAAAUUUUUUUUAAUUUAUUCAGGAUGAACACUAAAUGUUGUGAGACAGAAAAUAAGGACAUGUCGCUUGUCAGCCCCUCAGCAGGCCUAGAGCUCCCCCUUGUGGACAACUCUUGUAAAUACCACUUGCUCAGUCUGGUCUGUACAGUACAUAUUUAGAAUUUAAUGUAGGCAAAAUACUAAGAAAAUUCAAGAUGCUCUGGAGUUACAGGCACUAUAUGCAAUUAGUAGUUAUGGACCCUGGUGCUGUAUUAUUCAAUUUGGUGGAUGGAGUCGACGCUUCCAGUGAACACGUUUGACUCGUCGGAGUAAGCAAAACAAGGUUGUUUUUUUUUUAAUUUGUUAUGAUUAUUUUUCAGAUUUUGGACCGUUCUGAAACCAAACAGUUGCAAACUAUUUAGCAUCGGUGGAAUGUAUCAAACUCUCGUCACUUAACAUUCCUUAAAUGCAUUAAACAAACGGACAAGUCGUUGUGGCCGCCACAAAGCGUCCUCUCCACCCAUCCCAAGCUUGUGGGUGUAAGUAGUUUUCAUUCUCUCUCAGAAGUUAAUUGAUAAGCUUUUUGCAGUGUUGAAGGACUAUUGAUGAUUUGACUAAAAGUUCUUUCUGUAUUGCGCUAAUCCACAUUGUGUAGCUUGUGCUUGGCUUGCUGCCUGAGAACUUUUGGUUUAAUGGAUGAGUGAUGAGCAGGGAGCACCCCUUCCUGGACACUUUUCCAUGCUCCCUCGGUUUUAACUGAGCAACACUAAUCCUCGCUUUUAGGGCAGAGAAACAACACAGUUCUCCCGCUUUUCUACCGGAAUACUUAGAAGACUGAACGCCAUAUCAACAACGUUAAGGGAAGGAGUGAAUUCUUGCCCCAGUGGCAUGAUGGUCAACUCACACUGCCUCAAUAUCACUGACACAAACAUUAAGCCAGUGGCCACCAGCAUGGGCGUGCCUCAUCAUCAACUAUCAACCAACCGCCAUACCGCCUCAUCUUCUGCAGGAGCCAGUAUUACUCCAGUCGAUGACUCACCACAGCUUUAACCCAGCAGCCGUCUCGGCUCUGCUUCUUCGGUGCACCAAGGGCUGAUGGGAACAUCUGCCGUGGACUAUCGCUUAACUGUGAAAACAACAAAUGCCCACAUGCCGGUUUAUCACACCCCGCUAUAACUUUAUACUUGGACCUCCACCAGACUUUGUACAGAAAAUUUGAAAGGAGUAUUGCCUCAAGUCGGCAGGAUAUGCAGUGACUGACGACGACUUGUCGCCUUUUCAACCCAAAGUGUGAUGAUACCUUGCUCACUACUCUGCCUCACUUUGCAGCUCUAAGAAUUUACAUUCUCUGAAGAAAAGAAACAAAUGCUUGUUUUUGAGUUAAAAAGAAAACUGGACUUACUCAGCAACAUUAAUAUCACCUGUUUGAAAAAGGAAUGCAUGUCGAAGGAGGGAGAUUGCUCAACUUUAGGAUGUUUGGCAAACGAAGCAUCCUUCUUUUUCCGCGUUUGCUGACUGGUUGAAUUAAAUCUGUCGAGCCUCUCGUCCCUUCCAAUCAGGUUAGCUACUCCACCUCAGUAGCCUUACUUGGGGUGCUUUCCCUCUGAACUUUCUUUGGUCCCUUUGAGUUGAUUUCAAUGAUUUCUAGGCAGAAAGGUUGAAAGAAAAUCACUCUCAACACACAGCAGACAGGAUUACCGCUCAGGAUCCACAAAUUCACUAAGUGACGAUCCACAAAAAUGCUGAAAAUUGACUGGAUUGUUAAUAUGUGCGUACCCCACUUGAGAAAAUAUUAACUUUCUCAUGAUAUUUUAACAUUUUCAUAAAAUUGUUUUACUUUUGUUGUGCUCCUAAGCCAACACCCUAAUGUUCUGUUUUAAUAUAUUUUUUUAAAUCCUAUUUGGCUUUGGGCCACAAAUAGCCCGAGGUUGGACCUUGUACACCCUUUAAAGUGCCCUGUGCCAAAUUCUCAUGUGCGGUAGUCUGCAAAAUUCCACCACGUUUACAAACACAUCGACUGUUUGGGAUCAGAGAAAGCAAACUACUGGUGUGAAAGCACAACUUUCAGAAACCUCUAUCACUAUACAUCAUCGAAACAGAUACCUCAGUCAUAUAUGGAAUAUCUUCUCACAUCAAUAGCCUUGAAGGGAACCAAACAUGAACUCCUCGCACGCACGCACGUUCACUCUCUUAUCAGAGCGUAGUUGUGUAGAAGACAGCUGUAGAGUACAGUCGGCCGCUCGCUGUGUGUGAGUGGAUCCCAAUGUUUUGAAGUUCUUACUUACUCUCAUUUUCUGGCUUUUUCCUCGUUUUUGGAUCAGCACUCUUUUUGUCCAGUGUCUACAGCUCAGCUUUAGCGCUGCAUUAACCAAACAUACUACCUCUCCCUUCAGCACAUAAAUUCAUUAUACAGUAUCUUGUGAUUUUGUGUCGCAACAUGAUUGUCUUUGAACCCAUUUUUUUAAUUUAACACUAAAUGAAAGGAUAUGUUUAUGUCGUCUACAGUCAUCAUUGUCCCGUUUGGAUCUCUUCAAAUGGAGGACGAUUUUUUUUUUUUUUUUACCUCAACAUAUCACAGGAUUCAUCGCCUGAGAUUUCAAACCAGUGUACCUCCGAGUGGUAAUGAAAAGCCUCCUAUUGUUCACUUGAUGUCAGGAAGGGGAGAUCAAUAGGUUCCAGCGCAUCAGAUAAAUGUUUAAUAUGCACGAUACAUGAUUUAGUUGGUCGCAUCAUCUUAAGCGUCGAAGUGGGCCGGCAGAAAUUUCCCUUUGCUAGGUGGCUACCCUGCGGUGAGGAGAUAAUACUUUGGGAACUUGUCUUGUCUUUUCUUGAAGAGAGCCAGCCUGUUGCUUUGAUGUAGUCCCCCGCCUCCCCAGAGUCUGAAUGUGGCAAAUACGUGCGUCAGUCAAAAGGACAUAAUUUACACCAUUAUCAGUAAGAGAAAAUAAACCUAAUCAAGUAAACCCAGCAUUAAAUUGGAAUGGGGAAAAAAUGUUUUUGAAAAUCAAACCAACAAGGCCUCUCCCAUGGUUAUGCUAGUUCAGUGCAGCAAUUCUCAUUUUGGCCUCCCAAAUGUGAACGACCUGUUGAAAGAGGAUAUUUGGAGUUAAUUCUGACGCUGUCAAAGGAAGGUGACAUAGAGGGGGAAAAAAGUUGAGGGGGGAAAAGAAAUCACUAGAAUAAACUUGUAGUUGUUAAUAAUGUAUUAUUUAUUGUAUUUUGACCAAAGUGAAUUUGUAAUAUUUCACUCGUAAUGUUGUCCUAAUUUCACAAACUAUUUGUUCAAAUAGCACUAAUGAAUGAACGGGGAAAAAGUUGUAAUGUCUGAAGACUAAAAACAGAUUAUGAGGUUAUGAAAAAAAGUACAACCCGUGAGAAACCUGAUCCUCCUUAAAUUGGCUAUGAAAUGUAGUCUCAUCUUUGUUUCAAUCAAGAAUGAAGUCUGCUUAAAUAAAUACCGUGCAAACAUGUUUUCAUAUUUUCCUGACAAUAUGAAUACAUUGACAGGAGAGGGCGAGAAAAUGAGGGUACAGAGGCUCCCAAGUGCUUAUCAGUUGUGAGACAAGAUUGGAGGUGUGGCCUAAAGCUGCUCUUGCCUCUCUAAAACACUGCCAAGCAUUGUUGCUUCUCUUCCAAGGAGUAGGUGUCCUAUAAAGAUGGCUGCAAGACCACAGCGCAAAAAGAUUUGUGAGGUCAAUAAACAACCCUAGUGGGUCACUUUGCAGACUUACAGAUAUCACGGGGACUUGCCAACAUCUCUGUAGACAAAUCUACAAUACGUAAAAACAUACAAGAACAUAUUUCAUGGGGGAAGACCAAGGGAAGAGGCAGUUCCUGUGAAAAAAUGUUUGACGUUUCCUAAAGAGCACUUGGAUGUUCCACACCACCACAGGAAAAAUAUUCUGUGGGUUGGAUGAAAGCAAAUUUGAAUUGUUUGGGAGGAACGCGUAACGUCAUUUGUGAAUGAAAAAUGGCACACCGUGCCAACAUCAAAACCACAAACCAACUGUGAAACAUUAUGUCUGGGGCAUCAUGGUUUUGGGGUGUUUUGUUUCUUCAGGGCCUGGACAGCAUGUCAUCAUCAAUAGAAAAAUCACUUUGCAAGUUUGUCAAAAUAUUUUGCAUAACAACUUGAGGUCAUUGAUCCAACAGUUGAAGCUUAAUGUGAGAUUGGUGUAGCAAGGGGACAGUGGUCCAAAACUAGAACCAAAUCAUCAACAGAAUGGCUUCAGAAGAAGAAAUGACCUGUUCUGGAUGGACCCAAUCAAAGCCCUGACCUCAACCCAAUUGAGAUGCUUGUGGCAUGACUAGACAUCCCAGGAAGUGCAACAGUUUUAUCGAGAGGAAUAGUUUAAAAUGCAUCCUGAUCCUUGUGCACAUCUGAUCUGGAACUACGGGGAACCUUUGGUUGAGGUUUUUGCUGGCAAAGGAGGGUCGGCUAGUAACAUUCAAGGGUUAAUUAGCUUCUUCCCCUCCCUGUCCUGUGAAUAAUUACACGUACGUGCUCAAAAAAUAUAAAACAUACGGUUGUGUGGUAUUAGGUUCAGCAGACUGCUUUAUUCUGAUUGAUCUGAGCCCACUACUUUUUAGGACCAAAAUAUGCAAAAUUUAAGAAAUUGCAAAAGGUUCACAUACUUUCUUCUCCCACUAUGACAUCUGUCAUUUUUAUUCAAAAAAUCAUUUGAUACAUAUUUUAUUAGGAUAGGCAUAGCUUCAAAGUUACCAAUAUGAAAUUAUAUAUACCAUGGGAACUUAUUUGAUAUACAUUACAGUAUGUAGGUGUAACAUGACUUAAAACAUAUUUUUGUUUCUUUAUUCAGAAAAUUCUGUGACUUAAUUCCUGUUGUACUUAUUUUUUUUUUCCUUUUAUCAAUUGACUUUUGUCUCAGUGAACGGUUUUGUCAGUAAAUCCAAACUGAGGUUGUCACCCUCACACCACACAUGUUCUUGUCCGCUUUGCUCUUGUAUCGCUGUUCUCUUUCAAACCUUUCAUUGUCACAUUGGGAUCCCGUUUUUAGAUCUCAUGAAUAUAUCUGGCCUUGUUUGUUUUUUGGGGUUUUUUUUUUUUUUCUUUCUCUCCAUCUAGUUCUGGCUACACCAAGCUGUCACACAGCAUCUUAAAACUGACCUCAGCAAACGGCCUUGUUUUCUUUCUCAGCUCGCAAAAAUCCUUCAUUGGUGUACUGUGAAUGUGAACUCCCACACACAAACGACGACCCACACACACACACACACGCCCACUGCCUCACCACUAAGGACACUAUCGUAGCUAUAUGCACCACCCUCUGCCAAUCCCCUUUCCUGGUGGACAAAUAAUCCAAAUGUGUUAACGGAUUUCUAGUGGUCCGUCCUCUCUUUCGACGUUUCACCCAGUAGAAGAAAUUGUAGUUCACCACUAUGUAGAGCCAAACAUGUUGUGAUGUCAACACGAAAAUAUUGAGUUGACCCAGCAGUUGAGUGUUUUUUUUUUUUUUUUUUGUGAAAUACGAUUGUGUGGUACAGGCUGGCGUGGAAAACAUGACGUAAAUGUUCCUUUAUUUGUUUUUUUUUCCCCUUUUCAUGUCUGCAUAGUAAAGGGGAGUUUGCAGUUAAACUGCUAGCAAGAUUUGGUUUUAGCCUCGCGUCUCCCUUCCCGGUCCCUUUGCAAAGCCACACCCCUCACUAAUGUGAACGACCCUGAUUCUCAAAUGCAGCCUUUGCUUAUGACGUGCGAUUAUGAAAGUGCGUAGAAUUCUAAUGAAUAAACUCAAGAUAAUGCAUGUCCAUCUUCAACAAAAUAGUAGGGCUAGCAAUAGCAAGCUAGCAGUAGCACUGUAAACGAGCCCCUGUUAGCCGAGGCUGCUACAUUUGCUGCAUGACUUACUUGUAAUAUGGUGUUACUAUAAGACUAAAUGUUGACUCUGACUCUGCACCAUUUCUGAAUGUUUAGCUGCCUGCCGUCACUUUGCUUCGCCUCUGUUUGCUAGUCUCACGGCUAGUCGUUGGCAAAUGAGGGAUGGACAUUUUUUUUUUUUUCUGGAGGUGGAUGGAUAUUCUUUCAUAGUUUGAGUAAAUUCCCCGAAACCAACGCAACAAGUCAUUCUGAGGAACAUGAUUGGGUCGUGCACUACUAGGUUUGACUGGUUGUAUUUCUUCUGUCACUUUUUUUUCCAGAUCUUUUUAGUGUACAAGAUGGGGAAAGAGCGUGAUUAUUUUUUUCAUACAUUUUUUUUUCUCACCACUCUCAUUUCAUCCUGAAUGUUUUAACUUAAUUUUUUUUUUAAUUGCAAACUUCCCUUUUAAGCAGAGUCCCAGUUUAAAAAUGUGAACUUUUGCUUCGUAUUGUUUUGUCAGCCUGGUCCACACUGUUGUGUUUGGUUCAGAUCAAGUUUUUGUGAGGAGAGUGACUGAAUUGUCAUGUAUGGUUGUGUUUCUGCACUACCUCUUUCCAGUGUAUAAUGCGCUAGCUUGAUUGACCGCCCGCCCGCCUGCUCGCUUGCUCGCGCAUCCACACGCUCACGCACCUGUACAAGUGAUGCCCGCAGGGCAAAUACAGACUCCCGGACAGAUGCUGCGCACAUCGCAGUGCACUUGUUUCUCCCUCACCAGCAGCUGCCAAUGAUGCACUUGUGUAUUUUUGUUUUUAAAUGUCUAUAUAAAUGCGCCAUGUCCAUUUUUCAAGUGAAAAUCUCUCAAGUGAUGCACAUAAUUGCUCAGCUCAGUUGUACCUUGGUGUGCCUACAACCCACAGCCUUAUUUGGGGACAAUAUCAGGGCUUUUAAUGCACGAUGAUCUGUCUUUGUAGUGGUGAUGAUGACGCUGUCGUAGUGCUUCAUAACUACACUUUUGUUUUGGGGGGAUCUCACCAUUUUACAUAGUUGUUGUUUUCAACAGUAUCCUGCUCAUGGGAAUUUAUCAUACAUCCCAAGUUAAUUUAAUGGAAAUCAAGACAUCUUUCUUGAUUUGUAUAUUUUCUCAAUUUCACUUCAUGACACGAAAAAAAAUUUCAAGAGGAUGUAAUAAAUUCAGCAGACUGUGAUCUUUGAAUUUUUUCAUAUACAAGCGGUACAGUUGCAGUGGAGUAGCCUCCCAAGAUAAGUACCACCAUGCAGUAAAACCUGCCAGACCUCAUUCCUGUUUUUUUGAGGGGGUUUCAUCAUUUCACAGUUGCCAUGCUUUCAUUGUCGAUGGCCCCAUGACUACAAAGCCCUGUCUGAUAGUAAUUUCUUUUCUACAUGUAAGAAGUCAACUGCUCUGGCCAUGUUGCUGUUUUUUUUUUUUUUGUGCUCUUCUCACUGCAUUUGAUCCAUUGUGCUUCGAUUACAUGCAUUGUAUCUAGUUAAAAAAAAAAAAAAAAGAAAGAAAACUGAUAAUGCUUGGAGCAAAUCACAAAUAAAAGAGCUGUACAUAAU